AUGGCCAAGCUCAAAGCGACUGUAAAUACAAGAUAUUGCAUUGACAUUGUAACGCGGCCGCUUGUAAAACGGCUUUUAUUAUUGAUAACAAUUGUGGCAUUUCUACUGCUCUUACACCAAUCAGCAACACAUUUCAUAACCACACCUGAAUCUCUCGAUCCCGCUUAUAAAGAACCUCUCGGUCCCUUUUCCUCCGAAUAUUCUUUUGCAACAUGUUCUGUUCUAACAAAAAAUAACCAUACUAAACGCAAAUCAUUCAAAGCGUAUGGUCCAGCGGAAAGAGAACUUUCUAUAUUUCAUUGGCGGCAAGUGACUUUUUCGCCGGAAGGCACUGACUGGCAAAAAAUAUCGAAAGACCUAUGCCAAUAUCCGCCAGAGUUGAUCCCAUUCUUUAAAAGACUAUAUAACAAAUUCGUAACGAACAAAGUUAACGAAUGGCCAACUGGAUACGCUCCUUGUUUGUUUUGGCGUACAUAUCUACCGGGUUACAGAGGUACCUGCAAAAACGGUCAAUCGUAUCAAAUUCAUACCAAUUAUACCCUCUGGCGAGAAUCAGACAUUAUGUUUAUGGAUUAUCCCUUCUAUUUCAAAGAAGAAGAAGCGCCAUUCUUUGAUAUUACUCAAAUGCCACCCAGACGCUCAAACCAGGCAUGGUGGCUGCUUUUUCCAGACGAAGGAUUGGGAUAUUAUUCAUUUGUCGGAUUAGAAAAUUUCCAAUACAUGUUUGAUUUAACGAUGGGGUCGCCCGAUAAGUUGUUUGACAUAUACAAGCCGACGCAUGAAGUUAGUAAUGUUGACAUGUUUUAUGAUACUCAUGUGAAAUUCGAAAACAAACGCAACGACGUAUUAUUUGCGUGGAUGGCUGUUAAUUGCGAUGCACCGAAUAAGCGGGAGCAUUAUAUCCGAGAAUUAAUGGAACAUACAAAAGUACAUGCGUACGGUAGCUGUCUGCAUAAUCAGGAUGCUCCCGACGACAUACUGGCGAAAUACGGACUGGAAAAGAGUCUAGCUCCAGGUCAUUUGACAGAACAUAUGUAUGAAGUUAAGAGAGACAUUCUCUCUCCGUAUAAAUUUAUUCUUGCAUUUGAAAACUCUAAUUGUGAUGGAUAUGUGACGGAAAAGGUGUACGAUGCACUGUUGGUGGACGCCAUUCCUAUAUACAUGGGAGCGUCUGAUAUCGAUGAUUAUGUUCCCCCUGGGAGUGUGAUUAAAGUCGCAGAUUAUGAGAGCAUGAGCGCAUUAAUCGAACAUACUGAACGGAUAGCCAAUAAUAAGACACUGUACGAAAGUUACUUUGCGUGGAAAAAAGACAAAACACACGAGAACUUUUGCAAAAAGUGUCAUCCUCUUGAUGACUCGGAUAUAUGUACGUUUUUAAAGAGAGUUGAAUGGGUGUAA